AUGGGGACCAUAUUGGAAUUGGGACCCAAAGGAAACGUNUUUGGCCUUAAAGUUACUGUCAUUAGUACAUCUCAUAAGAAGGAAUCAGAGGCCAUCAACAAGGUUGGUGCUGAUUAUUUUCUUGUUAGCUCAAAUCCCGAAAAAAUGAAGGACGCUCUGGGAACCAUGGAUUACAUCAUUGACACAAUUGCUACAGUUCAUCCCUUGGCCCCCGUUGCUUAG